AUGCAGCGAGGCAAGGUGCGGGCGGCGCUGGCGGCGCUGCUGUGCGCCGCGCUGCUCCCGGCGCGCCCGGAGGCCGCCAAGGCGCCCAGGCGGCCGGCGCGGACGCGGACCUGCGGCGAGCGGCCCGAGGAGCUGCUGGAGCAGCUGUACGGGCGGCUGGCGGCCGGCAUGCUCAGCGCCUUCCACCACACCCUGCAGCCCGAGCCGCCGGGCCGCCAGCACAACGCCAGCUGCCCCGUCGGCAGCCGCCCGCCCGGCGACAAGAGGGUCCGGCUGCCCGUCAACCUGCGGAGCGCCUCGCCCUGGGCCUACAGAAUUUCGUAUGAUCCCACCAGAUACCCCAAGUACAUCCCGGAAGCGUACUGCCUGUGCAAGGGCUGCCUGCUGGGGCUGUUUGGUGAGGAGAGCUUUGGCUUCCGCAGCACGCCCGUGUACAUGCCCACCGUCAUCCUGCGCCGCACCUCCGCCUGCGCCGGCGGCCGCUACGUCUACACGGAGGACUACGUCACCAUCCCAGUGGGCUGCACCUGUGUGCCCGAGCCAGACAAGGAGGCCGACAGCGUCAAUUCCAGCAUAGAUAAGCAAGACAUGAAGUUGCUGGUCAGCCAGAACAAGCCAUCCUCGGAUUGAAGAAUACCUGAAGAGUCGUGUUACAGUGUUGGCUUCAUGUCAUCGUUCCGCCACCUCAGGAAACUGCACCACAGCAGCAAACACACUGACUUACCCUCUUUCUACUUGGAGUCUUCUCAGUUAUAAGAUAGAAAGUUUUUGUCCUGUCGCUGAGAUCACUAGAGGUGACAAUUCAUACUAAGAACUUCUUUAGUUCCUGUCAGUAUCUGUUGCAAAUUCCAGAUAGUCUUUUUCUUUUUCCUUAGAGCAGAACAUUUUAUCCACAGUGAAGUUUAGAAGGUGAUGCAUCUGCAAGACCUGCUAGCUAUUGCUAUAGCACACUGCUGGUUGUACAUAUUUUUAAGGAACCUCUUAUACUCCACUUUUAAGUACUCUCAUAUAAAAGUCACAUAGCUGCCAUACAUGUGCCAAAUCAGCAGUUAAAAGGAGAACUGCUCAGGCUGGGAGAGCCUUCCUUUAUAUCGUGUGUCUCAGCUCCGAGCAGUGUUCUUGGCUGUUACAUCUUUAGCUAUUUAUAAGCUACAGCAAGGAAAUCUUUGCUUAGUUUGAGUCAUUCAUGAAACAACGUUCUAUGAGUUUGCAAUUUUUUAAACUUGCCAAAUUGUUACCGAUACAAAAAUGUUGAGUGUGAGAAUACUGUAAAACUGCAGGGGACUGAGUCUGAUUGCACAGAAAAUGUCAGUGAGGAAAAACACAGUUUGGGUCCCAAGAAUUCUAUGUUAGGUUUCAUUCAUUGUUAACCCCUUAACCAUCUCUUGUGACAAAACUGUGUUCUGUAUGGUUGAAAGGUCAAAGCAUGUUUAUGUUAGGGAAUUCCCCAUUAAGAAAACUAGGUGUGGAAGAUGGGCCUCAUCUCAGGUACACUGCAGAUGAGUCAGCAGGCUCGGGCUAAAUGCUACAGAAGUCACUGAGGGGAGUCCCAGCCAAUCCAAACCUGUUAAAUCCAAUGGAUGUAUACAAGUGGUGGUACUCGUUCUUCCCCAUGCCACAUGUGACGCCAGCCACUCCCAACAGAUGGGAGUCUGCGGAAGAGCAGGCUGCCGUCUUUGCAGCUUACAGGAUCUUGACAGCAGCCCCUAUCCAGGAAGCCCAGAUGCACAGAAACUUGCAUUUCCGGAACGAUAGGCUGAGGGUUGGCUCAGUGCAGCGCCUGGAAUUGGGAGCAUCCAGGCACACCUUGCACACACACAGCUCCUCGGGGGACCGCCAGCCCCGAUGCUGAUCCCACGCUGGCUGCACAGCAGAGAACAGCUUUUACAGUCCAAAGGUCGUGACUGCAGUAUCGGUACAAAACAGAAAUAAGCACCAUGUGCAGCAAUGUAACUCUCAAAAUUUGGCUUAAUUUAUGGAGGAUAAAGUCCCUGUGCUACAUAAACACACUCCUUUGGAGUGUUGCUGGAUGAAGAACGAAAGACUAUGAACUAAUCAGAAUGAACAAGUUAAACAGUGAAAAUCAUACAACUCCUUGUUUUGGUGCAUAGUUAUUGACUGUGCUCUUUAUGACUCAGUCUAGUGUAACAGUAUUUUUAUAAUGCAAUCUGUAUAGCUUCUUUCAAAGCCUAAAAUUACUUCAAGAACUCCAGAAAGCAAUAAAAGACUCCCAUUGCCAUGUCA